GGUGGUGGUGGUGGCGGAGGCUUUGUCGGACCCCUCUUAGCACCUGGGGCCGUUAUAGUACCGGGGCCGCGGCCGGCCCCCAAGGGGGGCCGCUGGCGGGUGCUUGGUCGUGCCACCAACGCUACCACCACUGGCAAGGCCAAGGCAAAGACUUGCGACAUGGAUGGCGAUGGAGAUGCUUGUAACAGCAGUCACCGGAACCAUAAGUCUGCAGCGCCGGUCGCUCCCUCCACUUCGUCCUCCUCUUCUGCUUCCUCGUCAACUCCCAAGCGCCAGCAAUCAGAUAAUCCAGACGAGGAUGAGUCGCGUACCGAGUACUCGUGUCCCUAUUGCUACGAAGAUUACGACGUUGCUGUCCUUUGUUCGCAUUUAGAAGACGAGCACUGCUAUGAGUCUAAGGUUGCAGUCUGUCCGAUCUGUGGAACCAAAGUUUGGAAAGACAUGGCCGGCCACAUAAUGCUAGACCACAGUCAGCUUUUCAAGAUCCAGAGACGGCGGCGUUUUCGAAGAUCAGGAGCACUAGCAUCAAACGCAACUUUGGCUUUGCUCACCAAGGAGCUUAGAGCGAUCCAUCUGCAAGCGUUGUUAGGCCCUCCACCGCCCAGUAACACAGUGGAUCCCUUCCUCACCACGCUCUCUGAUAGCUCGCACGCAAGCCAAUCUUCACACAAAGGGCUGGAGGUUGCAGCUUUAUCCCCGGAAGAGCAGUGCGACAAACUGAAGGAAGCAAACUUGCGAGUCAAAUUCAUGCAAGAGCUUGUCAUUUCCACACUUUUCAACUGAAAGUUUUUUCAGAAACCA